CUGAGGGGAGGAGCGAAGGCUGCGGUGGUGUCCGGCUUGAGCACACGUUGCAUCGUCUCUCUUCCAGCCCAACUCCGGGAAGGCGGCCGGCCGGGUGGACCCGCACGCUGGACGAUGGCGGCGCUGAGCCUCACGGUGGACGCCGGAGCCCCUCCGCUGGAAGCUCUGCUGGCAGCAGAACAUGUGAAAGGUGAUGUCAGCGUUUCUGUGGAAGAAGGGAAAGAGAAUCUUCUUCGUGUUUCUGAAAAUGUGGUGUUCACUGACGUAAAUUCCAUCCUGCGCUAUUUAGCAAGGGUUGCAACUACUGCUGGGCUCUAUGGCACCAACCUGAUGGAACACACCGAGAUUGAUCACUGGUUGGAGUUUAGUGCUACGAAAUUGUCUUCAUGUGAUUUGUUUACUUCUGCAGUGGACGAGCUCAAUCAUUGCCUGUCUCUGAGAACAUACUUGGUUGGAAACUCCUUGACCUUAGCAGAUUUGUGUGUUUGGGCCACCCUAAAAGGAAAUGCUGUGUGGCAGGAACAGUUGAAACAGAACAAAACUCCCAUCCAUGUUAAACGCUGGUUUAGCUUUCUUGAAGCCCAUCAGGCCUUCCGUUCAGUUGGUGCCAAGUGGGAUGUUUCAGCAAACAAAGCUAGAGUGGUACCUGACAAAAAACAAGAUAUUGGGAAAUUUGUUGAGCUUCCAGGUGCGGAGAUGGGAAAGGUCACCGUCAGGUUUCCUCCAGAGGCCAGUGGUUACUUACACAUUGGGCAUGCAAAAGCUGCUCUUCUGAACCAGCACUACCAGGUUAACUUUAAAGGGAAACUGAUCAUGAGAUUUGAUGACACAAAUCCUGAAAAGGAAAAGGAAGAUUUUGAGAAGGUUAUCUUGGAAGAUGUUGCGAUGUUACACAUUAAACCAGAUCAGUUUACUUAUACAUCAGAUCACUUUGAAACUAUAAUGAAAUAUGCAGAGAAAUUAAUUCAAGAAGGGAAGGCUUAUGUGGAUGACACUCCUGCAGAGCAGAUGAAAGUGGAACGUGAGCAGAGGACAGAAUCCAGACAUAGGGAAAACUCUGUUGAGAGGAAUCUACAAAUGUGGGAAGAAAUGAAAAAAGGAAGUCAGUUUGGUCAGUCCUGCUGCUUACGAGCAAAGAUUGACAUGAGUAGCAACAAUGGGUGCAUGAGGGACCCAACCCUCUACCGCUGCAAAAUUCAACCACACCCAAGAACUGGUAAUAAGUACAAUGUUUAUCCAACGUACGAUUUCGCCUGCCCUAUAGUGGACAGCAUUGAAGGUGUGACUCAUGCCUUGAGAACAACGGAAUACCAUGACAGAGAUGAGCAGUUUUAUUGGAUCAUUGAAGCUUUAGGCAUACGAAAACCAUAUAUCUGGGAAUAUAGUCGCUUAAAUCUCAACAACACAGUGCUGUCCAAAAGAAAGCUCACCUGGUUUGUCAACGAAGGCCUAGUGGAUGGAUGGGAUGACCCUCGAUUUCCUACAGUUCGUGGUGUUCUGAGAAGAGGCAUGACAGUGGAGGGGCUGAAACAGUUCAUCGCUGCACAGGGCUCCUCACGGUCUGUUGUGAAUAUGGAGUGGGACAAAAUCUGGGCAUUUAACAAAAAGGUCAUUGACCCAGUGGCUCCGAGAUACGUUGCAUUACUGAAGAAAGAGGUGAUCCCAGUGUACGUCCCUGAAGCUCGGGAGGAAAUGAAAGAAGUGGCCAGACACCCCAAGAAUCCUGAUGUUGGCUUGAAGCCUGUGUGGUAUAGUCCCAAGGUUUUCAUAGAAGGGGCUGAUGCAGAGACUUUCUCAGAGGGUGAGAUGGUCACAUUUAUAAACUGGGGCAACAUCAACAUUACUAAAAUACACAAAAAUGCAGAUGGAAAAAUUCUGUCUCUAGAUGCAAAAUUGAACUUGGAAAACAAAGACUACAAGAAAACCACCAAGAUCACUUGGCUUGCUGAGACUUCACAUACGCCCCCUGUUCCAGCAGUCUGUGUCACUUAUGAGCACUUGAUCACGAAGCCAGUGCUGGGGAAGGAUGAGGACUUCAAGCAGUAUGUGAACAGGGACAGCAAGCAUGAAGAACUAAUGUUGGGGGAUCCCUGCCUUAAGGAUUUGAAAAAAGGAGACAUUAUCCAACUUCAGCGAAGAGGGUUCUUCAUAUGUGAUCAGCCUUAUGAACCUGUUAGCCCGUAUAGCUGCAAAGAAGCCCCAUGCGUCUUGAUAUACAUACCUGAUGGACACACAAAGGAAAUGCCAAAAUCCGGGUCAAAGGAAAAGACCAAAGUAGAAACAACAAGAAAGGAGACUCUUUCUCCUCUUAAGGAAAAACUAGCAGCAUCUCUGAAUAACUCUUGUGCUACAACGGAGGAUUCCUCGGUCCUUUACAAGAGAGUGGCUGUUCAGGGGGAUGUGGUACGGGAACUGAAAGCCAAGAAGGCAGCAAAGGAAGACGUGGAUGCAGCUGUGAAACAGCUUUUGGCUUUGAAAGCUGAAUAUAAAGAGAAAACUGGCCAGGAAUAUAAACCUGGAAAUCCCCCUGCUGCAGUACUACAGAAUGUUUCUACUAAAUCAUCAAGCGCUGUGGAAAACACAUCUCUGUAUGAUAAAGUUGCUGCCCAAGGGGAGGUGGUUCGAAAGCUGAAAGCUGAAAAGGCUCCUAAGGCCAAAGUAAAUGAAGCUGUAGAAUGCUUACUGUCCCUGAAAGCUGAGUAUAAAGAAAAAACUGGGAAGGACUAUGUCCCUGGUCAACCCCCAUCAUCUCAGAGCUCAAAUCCAAGUCUUGGGAGCAAUGCUGAUCCUGCUGGUCCAGAGACACCAGAAGCCAAAGUACUGUUUGACCAAGUGGCUUGUCAAGGAGAAGUAGUUCGAAAACUUAAAGCUGAAAAAGCCUCUAAGGAUCAAGUAGAUGCAGCUGUACAGGAACUCCUUCAGCUGAAGGCGCAGUACAAGUCUCUGACAGGAGUUGAGUAUAAGCCUGUGACUGCCACUGGGGCCGAGGACAAAGAUAAGAAGAAGAAAGAAAAAGAAAAUAAAUCUGAAAAGCAGAAUAAGCCUCAGAAACAAAAUGAUGGCCAAGGGAAAGACUCUUCCAGAAACCAAGGGAGUGGCGGGCUGUCACCGAGUGGAGCAGGAGAAGGACAGGGACCCAAGAAACAGACUAGAUUGGGUCUUGAAGCAAAAAAAGAAGAAAAUCUGGCAGAAUGGUACUCUCAAGUCAUCACAAAAUCAGAAAUGAUUGAAUACUAUGAUGUAAGUGGCUGCUAUAUUCUCCGCCCCUGGUCAUAUUCCAUUUGGGAAUCCAUUAAGGACUUCUUUGAUGCUGAGAUCAAGAAACUUGGCGUUGAAAACUGCUAUUUCCCCAUAUUUGUGUCUCAAGGUGCAUUAGAGAAAGAGAAGACUCACAUUGCUGACUUUGCCCCUGAGGUUGCUUGGGUCACAAGAUCUGGUAAGACAGAGCUGGCUGAGCCAAUUGCCAUCCGUCCUACUAGUGAAACAGUAAUGUAUCCCGCGUAUGCAAAAUGGGUGCAGUCACACAGAGACCUGCCCAUCAGGCUCAAUCAGUGGUGUAAUGUGGUGCGCUGGGAGUUCAAGCACCCACAGCCUUUCCUCCGCACACGUGAGUUCCUCUGGCAGGAAGGACACAGUGCCUUUGCUACCUUUGAGGAGGCAGCUGAAGAGGUGUUGCAGAUCCUUGAACUCUAUGCUCAAGUGUAUGAAGAGCUCUUGGCAAUCCCUGUUGUGAAGGGAAGAAAGACAGAGAAGGAGAAGUUUGCAGGAGGAGACUACACGACCACAAUAGAAGCCUUCAUCUCUGCUAGUGGGCGGGCCAUCCAGGGAGCGACAUCACAUCAUUUAGGCCAGAAUUUUUCCAAAAUGUGUGAAAUAAUAUUUGAAGAUCCAAAGACACCAGGAGAGAAACAGUUUGCAUACCAAUGUUCCUGGGGCCUGACAACUCGAACUAUAGGUGUUAUGAUCAUGGUUCAUGGAGAUAACAUGGGCUUAGUGUUACCACCCCGUGUAGCCUGCGUUCAGGUGGUGGUCAUUCCUUGUGGCAUCACGAACGCCCUGUCUGAGGACGACAGAGAGGCGCUGAUGGCAAAGUGCAGUGAAUAUCAAAGGCGGUUGCUCAGCGCCAACAUUCGCGUUCGAGUUGAUCUCCGAGACAAUUAUUCUCCAGGCUGGAAAUUCAAUCACUGGGAGCUCAAGGGUGUUCCAAUCAGACUGGAAGUGGGGCCACGGGAUAUGAAAACCUGUCAAUUUGUAGCUGUCAGGCGAGACACUGGAGAGAAGCUGACAAUUGCUGAAAAGGAGGCCGAGACUAAACUUCAAGCCAUUUUGGAAGACAUCCAGCUUAACCUCUUCACAAGAGCCUCUGAAGACCUGAGGACUCACAUGGUUGUGGCUAACACUCUGGAAGACUUCCAGAAAGCACUGGAUUCCGGAAAGAUUGCACAGAUUCCAUUCUGUGGGGAAAUUGACUGUGAAGACUGGAUCAAGAAGACCACUGCCAGGGAUCAAGAUGUGGAGCCUGGUGCGCCUUCCAUGGGAGCUAAAAGCCUUUGCAUUCCUUUCAAACCACUGUGUGAACUGCAGCCUGGAGCCAAGUGCAUCUGCGGCAAGAACCCUGCCAAGUUCUACACCUUGUUUGGUCGGAGUUACUAAAGGAUAAAGCAGAAGCCGCUGCAGUUCUUAAAACAAUUGGUACUAGAACCUUCUCAGAUACAGUUUUUUGAUUUUUUUUAAAAAUAAAAGUUCUAAAAAGAGGUCACAUGAGAUAAACAACUAUUCUUAUGUCUAAAGUAAUAGUGGAAAAUCUUUUCUGUAAACAACCCUGCUAAUAAAUACCAUGAACUGAUAA